UACUGCACUGAGUUAACCUCAAAUUAAGCGUGAUUGUCAGUACUUUAAAUCAAUAAUAAUGUCUGAUAUAACAUUUUCAGCGAGAGCUUACUGCAAAAUAAUUUUGCACGCCGCGAAAUACCCUCACUGUUCUGUGAACGGUGUGUUAUUAUCGAAGUCUUCGUCAUCAAAAGGGAAAGAAAUCGAGUUUGUCGAUGCUGUCCCCCUUUUUCAUAUUGCGCUUAAUUUAACACCGAUGGCUGAAAUAGCCCUAAUGCAAAUUGAUGAACUUGCAUCACAACAAGAUUUAGUAAUUUCGGGAUAUUACACAGCUUUAGAAAACAUAAGGGAUUGUUCAUUUGAAAAAGCGACUCAUCGAAUAGCCGAUAAAUUACCGUCUAACUUUCCGUCUCCAUGUCUAGUUGUGGUGGAUAAUACCAAAUUAGGCAUUCACAUGGACAAUGUGGCUCUAAAAGUGGCCCAGUUUGUUGAUGGUAGUUACAAGCCAUCUGACACAAACCGCAUUUGUUUAAAUCCGGACACGGCGUUAGAUGUUUGCUCAGGCCUAUUAGAACGCAGUGGAUACAAUUUAAUUGUUGAUUUUGAUAAUCACUUAGACAAUAUAAGUUUAGAUUGGAUGAAUCCUCAGCUUAAUGAGGAAAUAGAUAAUUUGGUUAGUGUAUUCGAUUAACUUUAAUUUGUUUCCCGUGGAAAGUUGUUUACUUGUGUAAAUCAAACACUUUUUUAAUUUUUUGGUGUGUAUUAUUAUUUAUUGUUGUUUCAAAGUAUUGCAUUUGUAUUGGUAAAUUUUAUAUUCACGUUGAUGAUGUACGCAGACAUUAAUAAAACAUUUAAUGAAA